GGGAGGUGGGAGUGGUUGUGGGCUUUGGUGAGGACACACUCAGACGGACCUCAUAGACUGUGAGGGAGGGACAGAGACGCAGCGGAGGCUCUGCCUGAAGUGUUUUGGACGAGUUGGGAAUCAGAGACAGAUCUGCUUAUUUCCUUUACAGAUGAACUUGGCUCUGAUCCAUGACCGUCAGCACAUUAAUUCAUUCUGGGAGAACCGGAUCAACGCUGAUAAUCAGCAUGCUGAGACCGAGGAGCAGAGGAUGAACAAGAGCGCCCUCAGGAAGCUGAGGGGGGAGUGGAUCGUCCGUCUGGAGAACCGAAACAAACACCUGAAGAAGCUCAACGACAGCUUCGUCAGGAAGGUGAAGAUGGAGAAGUCAGCUGACCAGACAUGAACCAAUCAGUGGCCAGAGAGAGCGACUGAACGUUUAAGGGUUUUGCUGUUUAAAGAGAAAUGAAGCGACUGGGAAAUAAAACAUUUUGUUCUGAAAUGAA